AUGGCGAGCCAGACUCAGUUUCAGCUAUUUCCUCAGGUUCAGCCUCUAAACAAGCCCAAUGGCAAUCCAUUCAGAAAAGGGAAUCGACGACGUGCUACAAAGUCUCCAGUAAUUUCACCGAUCUUGGGUGACGACAAGACAUCUUUCCAGACCGAGGCCGUCAUUCUUCAAAUCAUCGAGGACACAAACAAGACUCCUCUAGCCCCUUCUCCUACGGUUCAUAUUGUGAGCGCAAAUUCUCCCUCACUCAAUACGGAACUCAGAGAAAAAGCGAAAGUUGUGGAAUAUCCUCAACUGUCCGAAAAUGGCAAAUCUGUCCCUCCCCAGCCAACUUCGCCGGAACCUAUUCGAUCCGGAUCUCCCGUUCAAAUUGAGGUGACCACCUCACCGCCUAGAUCACCUACAUCCCCAGUGGUGUCAAUGAGGUCAAUAUUUCCCCGUUACGAUCCCAACGUGCCUUUGAGCCAGCAGCAAUACUAUCCCCAACGUUCGAGGCCUAACGAUCUUCCGCGGGAAGUUAUAUCGAGAUGUGACUAUAGCCAAAGUGUGGCAUCUCCACAGUCUGCUUCUUCCCGUACUAUGCGCGAGUCCACCCAACUAGCUGCUGCUGCUAAGGUUACAUCCUCCCAGCAACUCACACGUCUGUGGGAGGCUGCAAAUGGAGAAGGGCCACAACCUGAACUCGGAACAUUUCACCUACGUAUUUCCAAAACGGACCAUCUAACGUACACGUUUGGAAGCCAAUCUGCAACACUAUAUACACUGAAAACUAACUCAAUGGGUGACGUGGACAUUCAAAGAUCUCACCCCACCAAAGAGAAUACCAAGUCUCCCAUAGUUACAAUGAGCAACACGGAAAUUAACAGACCUAAAGGCAAUGGCUUUACUACGGUUAUUUUCCCCAUGUUGGCAGAGAUCCUAGCUAGAGAUCAAGCGUUGAGCUUGUCAAGGCAACAUCAGCUAGCUCCAACAGACGCAAUGGAGGUGGAGGAGGAUGCUGUUAGGCGGGCAGAAGCUCAAGAGUCCUGCAUACUAGAGUGGAACGGGUCUCAUGGUCGGUACGACGUGCUGCACCAGGCUUUGUUUAAUGACCCAAGUGACGGUCAGGAAAAUGAGAUCCAACAGCAAGGGUUCCCCAUCAUAAAUAAACGGGGCCAAACAUUACGCCUCUCGGUUUCCGCCUCUACAACAGAUAGCGCACAGUUAGACCAUCCUCCAUCAAUUCUUGUUACAAUACCAGGACGGGACUCGACCAAGGAUAUUCCGUUGGUAGCUCUAGACUUGGAAACCAUGACGCUGUCGAUUUCGGCGGGCAUCAUAUCCUCCACGAUCCCGGCUUUAUACUGCAUAGACUCCCUAGUUGCCUCAGUUCUCAUAAUCGCUGCAACGGACCAAUUUAUUAGAAGUAUUCUUGGCGGAAUGAGCAUCGAAACUGCUGUGACCAAAGGAGAAUUCCCAGAUCCAUAUAAUGUCACGUCCUCCAGGGCACCAUCAGCGGCAGCUACCUUCCAGCCAGGUUUUAAUGGUCAGCUAAUCGCCACACAGGCGGAGCGUGAAGAGGCAGAGCAAGAAGCUAAGCUGAUGUCACAAAUUCAUUCUUCUUCCAAGCGCAAGAAAAGGUAUUCGUUUUGGAAGAGGUCAUCCUCCUCCUCGCCAGAGACGAAGACAAAAGUGAAAAAGAGUAUUAAGAAAGCCCCAGUUGUGAUUGAGGAAAUUGACCUUGAAAACUACGGUAAAUAUAGCAGUGGAUCUCGCGAAGGAGAGAAAUUACCUGGAAUCACGAGGUCUGUGCUCAAGCUUAUAUUUUGGGGAUUUAAAGCUGUUAUCUGGGGCCUCACUGUUGCAUUGAAGUUCAUCGCAUGGUUCCUACGAGAAAUUUUAGGUAGUGGCUGGGAAGAAAAGGGCGAGGCGUUUUUGGAUAGGAGUUUCAGAGUACGACAUAACUCCCAAUGGAACUUGUAG